AAAGGCGGAGCUUCCGUUUCCGGUGGGGUCGUCCCCAGCGCGGAGAUGGCGGCGACGGCUGCGGAGGCUGCGGCCUCGGGCUCUGGCGAGCCCCGGGAAGAAACUGAGGCCCCGGGCCCCGUCUGGGAUGAAUCCCAGCUGCGCAGUUACAGCUUCCCGACCCGGCCCAUCCCGCGUCUGAGUCAGAGCGACCCCCGGGCGGAGGAGCUCAUCGAGAACGAGGAGCCUGUGGUGCUGACCGACACAAAUCUUGUAUAUCCUGCCCUGAAGUGGGACCUGGAAUACCUGCAAGAGAAUAUCGGCAAUGGAGACUUCUCUGUGUACAGUGCCAGCACACACAAGUUCUUAUACUAUGAUGAGAAGAAGAUGACUAAUUUCCAGAACUUUAAGCCUAGGUCCAACAGGGAGGAAAUGAAAUUUCAUGAGUUUGUUGAGAAACUGCAGGAUAUACAGCAGCGAGGAGGUGAAGACAGGUUGUAUCUGCAGCAAACUCUGAAUGACACUGUGGGCAGGAAGAUUGUCAUGGACUUCUUGGGUUUUAACUGGAACUGGAUUAAUAAACAACAGGGAAAGCGUGGCUGGGGGCAGCUGACCUCUAACCUGCUGCUCAUCGGCAUGGAAGGAAAUGUGACACCUGCUCACUAUGAUGAACAACAGAACUUCUUUGCUCAAAUAAAAGGCCAUAAGCGAUGCAUCUUAUUCCCUCCGGAUCAAUUUGAGUGCCUCUAUCCAUAUCCUGUCCAUCACCCAUGUGACAGACAGAGCCAGGUGGACUUUGACAAUCCUGACUACGAGAGGUUCCCCAAUUUCCAAAAUGUGGUUGGUUAUGAAACAGUGGUUGGCCCUGGUGAUGUUCUUUACAUCCCAAUGUACUGGUGGCAUCACAUAGAGUCAUUACUAAAUGGGGGAAUUACCAUCACUGUGAACUUCUGGUAUAAGGGGGCUCCCACUCCUAAGAGGAUUGAAUAUCCUCUUAAAGCUCAUCAGAAAGUGGCCAUCAUGAGGAAUAUUGAGAAGAUGCUUGGAGAGGCUUUGGGGAACCCACAAGAGGUGGGGCCCUUGUUGAAUACGAUGAUCAAGGGCCGAUACAACUAGCCUGCCAGAGGUCAAGGCCUUCUGCCAGGUGACUGCUAUCCCGUCCACACUGCUUCGUUGAUGAGGACAGGAGACUCCAAGCACUAGUAUUGCACGCUGCACUUAAUGGACUGGACUCUUGCCAUGGCCCUUGAGGCAGGUGUUUGGGGUGAGGCAGGAUGGUUGGCACUCCACUCCCAUUUGGAGGGACUUCUCAUCCUUGCCUCUUGUGCCCCAACAUCUUCCCUCUCUGCCCCCCUAAAGUCCUGCAUUCAGUGUGUGGA